AUGCAGUGGACCAUUGACUUGGUGGGACCUAUGUUGACAGCACUUGCCAAGAAGGAGAUGAUGAUUGUCGUUAUUGAUUACUUCACCAAAUGGAUCAAGGCCGAAGCUUUAUCCUUUACCAAGGUAGCUAAUGUUGAGCGGUUCAUCUGGAAGAACAUCAUUUGUAGAUUCAAUUGCCCGCAAUCGAUAGUCACCGACAAUGGUACACAGUUCGUGGGUAGGCAAAUCACCGCAUUCCUUGAGAAGUAUGGCAUCAAGCAGCCCUUUUUCGAGCAUUAUGUCCCCGACAUAUGCUCGCAGGCGACGAGCCUCACCUCUACUGAAGGCAAGCUACUCCUCGAGUACAAACCUCAUGGAGUCUUUUCAAGCGUUAUGUCCUCGACAUACGCACACAGGCGACAAGCCUUAUCUCCAUUGCAGACAAGCUACUCCUUGAGUACAAACUCAAUGAAGCCCUUUUUUGAGCAUUAUGUCCUCGGCAUAUACUCGUAG